GGCCGUUUCCAUGGCAGCGGGAGGGGGGAGGCCGAGGCGUCGCGGAGGCCAUGGUGGGUGGUUGCUUCGCUUUUGGAAGCCGUCAAAGCUGAAGUAUAGUGACAAACGGGGACAGAAAAUGUCAUCCUAUUUGGCUCAGGAGGUUCACCUUGCUAGAAGACACGAAGAGAUACUGUCUCAGAGAUCAGUGCUGCUACAGCAGAUGGAGACUUAUCUAGGAGACAAAAAGACUAAAAAGACAUGGCAAACUCAAGCAGCUGAUGCAGCUCGUAAAAGGAAUGCAGCACUUUUAAAUCUUGGAGAAAGUGAGCCAGAGCCUAUUCUAGUUUGCCUGUCAACAGGAAUGGCAGCGGACGGCUCCAUCCCCACUGGGCUUUGUGCCCCCGAAGCGCUGCCUGCCUGCGAGGCAUGGCAACGUCACGGGAGAGACCAGGCCCUGCCACUGGACAGCUCUGGUCCAGGAGUCAGUCGAGAGUCAUUGGGGUCCUCAUCAUGCCUAGAGCCCCCCCAGACACCAAGGCAAGCGAGAAAAUGUUGAAGGGGGUGGCUGCUGUUGUGCCUCGCUGUCGGAAGCAGCCAGUCUUCACAUCGCGGCGAUGGAGCGAUGCCGCAUUUCCUUUCUGAAAACCAAAGCUGAGAGAUGUCCCUUCUUCCUGGUUUGAAGUGGUGUACUUCUUCGUUUUGAAAGACUGGGAGCUUUUAUUUUUUUUCUGGUUUUGUUGUGUGUUUUUUUCUUUUUUUUUCUUUUCCCCCUUAUUUUCUAUUUAGGAGAAAAGGUGGGAGGAAGUAGAGAAGGAGAAUAUAAUGGGGGGAUGGCCUUGUUCUCACUUUCCUACUGAAAACAUUUCAGAAAAAGGAGCAAAAAGCAGUGAAAAUGGGUAGAAGCCCACUUCAGUUUUGCGUUCCCAUUCCUUCCCUUUUUUGCUUGAAAGAAGGAUGGCCAAAAAAAAUAAGUGGGACAAACCCCACGUGUUUUGAAUUAUUCUCUUCUUAAUGAGUUAGAAAAACAUCUCGUUUUCAAAAGUACGUGCUUUUUCCAUGAAAAAAAAAUCAAACAGAGGAAGAACCUUUCCAAAGCCAAUAGCAGUUGCCAUUCCCAGUCGUUUUGCAACUCCCCACUCAGUGUUGUGCCAUUUUUCUGGCUGUGCCACGGCUCAUAUUGUUCGAUGCUUGCAUUUAUCUUUGCUUGAAGGACAUCAUUUUCAUAGACAUCCUUGUUCUCUGCAGAGCAGGACUCCACGGCAGUCUGCAAGGUACUGGGGGAGCAGCAGACAGCAGCACGCCACCUCCUUCUGUCAGGACAAACCAGAGCCCCUCAACGCAAGAAUCUCUUCUUAAUUUUUUCAUUUGAUUUUGUAUUUUUCUGAUUUCAGCCCCAGAAGAUGCAAUCUGAAAGAACAACUAAAAAAUCCUCCCAACGAUCAGAGCCCAAACUAAAAAGCCAGACCUAGUUCUUGCAGGAAAAAAACUUCCAUGCGCGACCCAAGUAUUCCCUGAAUGUUCAAGAACACCCACAAAUUCUAUAAAAAUAGCUGAUAAUUUAUUUAUUUGAUUUAAUUAUGAGCCUAGCUUGUGAUUUUGGGGUGGGGACGGGGGUGGGGCUGGAGUUAGUGAUGCUGAAAAAACACUUUAGAGAGAAACCCAGGCGAGUCGUCAGCUCUGCGGUGCCGGGGAGCUGCCCGGGCUCCUCCUGUAGGCACGCAGAGCUUUGCGGUGCCAACCGAGGGCUCUUAAACCCCUUGGGUGAGGAGGUGGCCACUUCUCCUGGGUGAAGCUACAGGUCUUUGGCCCUACAGUCUGUGGAUGAGGCUGGUGUCCUGUGGCCAGCAUGCUUUUGAGGGACUCCCUGCUGGCUCACCUGGUUUGAGCGAGGGUGGAUGCAUGGCAGUGAGCAUUAGCCCACUGGGCUGUGCGGCUGGAUGAGCCCUGGUGCUGGAAGGGGGCUGAGGGACAUGUUCCCGACCCUUAUGGGAGGGUCUAGAGAGGGUCGGGGUGCCGCGUGCUCUGCCCCUGGCGUAUCACGGCACCAACCCCUCAGUCCUUGCUGGGUCAGCAGGACAGGAAGAAAUAUCAGGCUUCCCUCUCAUCGGCGUUCCCAGCCCUGUUCUCUUCAAGCCUCUGAGCUCCUUCUCUCCUCCUUCCUUCCCCCAGGAUUUCCUGUCCAGCUGAAACCCAUCGGCAGGCCCCGACAUCAGCUGCUUUCGGAGCCCCCUCUCUGCCCAAAGCGCUCCUCAACGGUGCGGCCUUUGUUCCCCCCAGCUGUCGCAUCCUCCGGGAUCGGCAACAAGUCCUCGCUUUACAGACCCCGUCUUGUCAGUCCCCAGGCUGAUCUGACCACCUGGUUUGUUUGUGAAGCGAGCGCUCGAGUCAUAACAUUUCUGUUUAUUUCAACAACUGUAUUCCUUGCAUAGGAAAUGAGCCAAGAUGGUCUAAGGCGGGGAGAGCGAAGCAUGUCGUGGUUGUAAUUGCUUUUCCUCUCCCAAUAUCAAAUUUUACGGUAUAAUCAAAAUCUUAUUUUUGUACUACUGGACUCUGUUAUUGUCUUAAUCUUCUUAAGUGCUCCUAUUAUUCCAGUGAUUUCAUCGUUGCAUGUUGAUUUUAAUCUUUUGAUCUCCAUAUUAGCUACUGCCUGCAACUAAUUUGUUGCUCAGUGUUUUUCUUUGUUUUGACCUGUGAGGCAUUUUCCUCAUGGCACACAACUCUGCUGGCAGAUUGCAUAUAAUCUCUGCACUUUUUUUCUCCCAUAUUUUGCAUAGUUACAACAAAUGCAGAUUUACAACUUGAAACGGAAUAUGUAUCUUCUGGGGAGGCUGAGCAAAAUACCGCUUAGCGCCUUUAGCUCGGGAGCCCGAAUGCGCUCGAACGGAGGAAAUGCCGCUGAAUGCAGCUCACCGGAGAGAGGUGUCGCUCAGGCUCCUGAGCCAAACGAGUUCAGAAUUGUUGGCAACGGCAGUAUUUGUAACUUAAAUUAUCUGCAGUCAGGUACCAAACAGUUUCUGGAGGCACUGCUAGGGCUGAGAGGAGGAAGGCUGGUUUUUGUGAAUGGGGUAGGGGACUCCUGGCUGGACUCAGCUUGGCAUUUGGAGGCUCUGCUGAGUCCCGACACCACGGAGCAGUUUUUUCAACCAAAGCUGGUGGCAGUGGUGCUGCUGCAGAGUCUGGAACUUCACAAAGUGCAGAGGGUGAAAUACGGCUCAGAUGGGUUUCGGUUGGCUGUUAUACCAGGGCUUCUUCCCUUGGUAGCUGCUGCUUCAACCUGUGCUGCUUUACUGGGGCUUUGUUUGCUUUAGCUUUUUCUUUUAAAGCUUCGAGGAGUAAUUUUUGCCUUAGGUUUGCCAUGACUUCUUCUUCUUCUUCUUCUUUUUUUUUUUUUUUUAAAGAACACAGACUGAACACUGACAAAAUCAUCUUUGCUUUGCUGCGUGCCUAUUUAUGCUUCUGAAACCAAAUUGUCUUCUAAUAUUUUUGACGUUUUGGUCACCAGAGAGGCAGAAAAGCAAUUUCUAAGAUGCCUAUGGGCCAGGAGACAUGCUUUACAGCAGAGGGGAAAGAAUCUGUUAGUUGCUGAGAUAUAAAACAAAUUGGAUGAACAGCUGCUGACACUUGUCAGUCAAAUAGUUGAUAGCAUUUUCAGUCUCCAUGCCACAUGCUUUAAGUAAGUCUGUCAAAAAAAGGAUAUUUUCGCUGGACUUCCCUGUAAAUAUGAGAGAAGUUUUGGCCUGAUCUAUCAUUUAAAAUUUUGCUGGCAGAGGAAUGAAAUUUUCCUCUUCUCCCCAAACUGAUUGACAUAACUGUACUGGCAGAUCCUUCAUCUAGGUGCAGUUGUACUGGCAGGAAGUCCUUUGACUGUUGGAGCUCAUUCCACUGCAGCAGCGGGUUGAAGUGAAACCGGCAGCAGACCUUUGCGUCUCCUCGGUGGGGUUUGCCAGGGUGCUCCCAGCCAUCAGCAAACACUUCCAGCAGCUGCCCGAGGUGUAGAUUUGCCCGACGGGAGCCUGAGCCCCAUCCAAAGUGUAGUGCGUGGCCGAGGGGGCUUUAAACCCAGAUUGUGUUGUUCAGCCAGCACCAAACCAUUUGGGGUGAUUCCUGCAGGAUUUAACCAAGAGGGCACUCGGUGCUCCCGGUGCCGCGGUGCAGCACCCACAAGGGACAGGGUCAGGCUGCCAGCACCCACGUAACCAUCUGGGAUGACUGGGUGCAACAGGCUCCUUCUCUAGCCUUCAUGCUGCAGGACUGGGAGGUUAAAUCCUGCCUUGCAGCAUUGCUCAUGCAGAAGUUCUUCACACCAAAAUUUGUAACUCAGCGCUCAUUUGGGUCCAAACUCCCUAAAAGAAAUGAUCUGCCUAAUGCUUCCUCUCUUAGGACAGGCGGUCAGGCCUGACGUAGCCUCAGGGCUCUUACAGAGUCCCUGAGCUGCUUUGCUGGGGUCUGAGGCCACGAGAAAAGCUGUCACAGGCUGCAGGGUCACUGCUGCUGACGGGGAAACUCCGAGGAGCGUGGCCGUCCCCGCUGCAGGGCGGCACCUCUGCGUGCUGGUGGUGCGCCGCCAGGGAUCAGCUCCCGAAGGCAGCGCCCACAUGGCUUCAUUCAAAAAACUGAGCAGGGCUCACUAUUUUGAAAGGUGGCAGGUGGAAGUGGGCUGUGUUUUCACCCAAUAAAUAUUUCAUGU